GCCGGUUGGCGACCAAAUGGGAGGCCCUUGCAGCUCACGGAUCAAUCUUCCGAGUGCAGAGUCCAUUCCCGUAGCGAUUGCUGCAUUUGAGAUCCGCGGAGCCCGGGAGCCAGGCGCGGAGUUGGAGAGGGGGCUGAGAGGAGCUGAUCCGACACCCCGCCAGGACGAACCGUCCCCCAGGCCUUGGGCGAACCCGGGACAUCUGCAUCUCCGGCCCGGGACUGCACCACUCGCCAGCCCUUCAUCUCCAGCACAGGCGCAGAUCUGAGGACCUAGUGCUGAGUGCAUCGGUCSGAGGUGACCUUUGGGCUCAGGGCCGGAUCUGAGAAGAAAUUGGUGUCUGCGGGGGUGAUGCCUGAGCAGGAGAGACAGAUUUCAGCCAGAGAAGAGGCUAGUCGGAAAAUCUUCUCUAAACUUUCUGUGCCUACUCAUUCCUGGGACCCAGCCAUGAAGCAGAGUUUUGCCUUUGACAAUGUCGGCUACGAAGGUGGUCUGGAUGGCAUGUGCCCUUCUCAGRCAGCCACUGGCACGUUCAGCAUCCAGGGUAUGACUUGCCAGUCGUGUGUCAAGUCCAUCGAGGGCCGAAUAUCUGGUUUGAAAGGUGUCGUGAGCAUUAAGGUUUCUCUGGAACAAGGCAGUGCCACUGUGAAAUACGUGCCAUCAGUCAUGAGCCUGCAACAGAUUUGCCAUCAAAUUGAGGAAAUGGGCUUCGAGGCCAGCAUUGCAGAAGGAAAAGCUUCCUCGUGGCCUUCAAGGUCCUUACCAGCCCAGGAGGCAGUGGUCAAGCUGAGGGUGGAGGGCAUGACCUGCCAGUCCUGUGUCAACUCYAUCGAAGGCAAGAUCCGGAAACUGCAGGGAGUGGUGAGAGUCAAAGUUUCACUCAGCAACCAAGAGGCCGUCAUCACUUACCAGCCUUAUCUUAUUCAACCUGAAGACCUCAGGGACCAUGUAAGUGAUAUGGGAUUUGAAGCUGCCAUCAAGCACAAAACGGCUCCCUUAAGCCUGGGACCAAUUGAUAUUGGCCGCUUACAGAGCAUCAACCCAAAGAGACUGUCGGCUUCAGCUAAUCAGAAUUUCAAUAAUUCUGAGACCUCAGGGCACCAAGGAAGCCACGUGGUUACCCUGCAACUGGGRAUAGAUGGAAUGCACUGUAACUCUUGUGUCUUGAACAUUGAAAAAAAUAUUGGCCAACUCCCAGGGGUUCAAGGUAUUCAAGUGUCCCUGGAGAACAAAACUGCCCUAGUAGAGUAUGACCCUUCUUCUAUCACCCCUGUGUCUUUAAAGAGGGCCAUUGAGGCCCUUCCACCUGGGCACUAUAAAGUUUCUCUUCCUGCUGGAGCAGGAGGGACUGGGACAGACGGUGAGACUUCUGACCAGCRUUUCCCCAGUUCCUCCCAGAGAAACCAGGGGCAGGCUGCAUGCAGCACCGUGGUGCUUGCCAUCACGGGCAUGACCUGUGCGUCCUGUAUCCAGUCCAUCGAAGGCAUACUUUCCCAGCGGGAAGGGGUGAAGCGAGUAUCUGUCUCUUUGGCUGAAGGGACUGGAACUUUUCUUUAUGAUCCCACUGUAAUUAGCCCGGAAGAACUCAGAGCUGCUAUAGAAGACAUGGGAUUUGAAGCCUCAGUGAUUCCUGAAAAGUAUUCUGCCAACCAUGCUGGAAGCCAUGGUGCUGGGAAUACCAUGCAGCAAACUCUGGCUGGCACCUCUGUGUCUGUGCCGGAAGUGGCUCCCCAUGGUGGAGUGCUCCCUAAAAAACACAGCGCUGGCCCCUUGCCAAAUUUCCCACCACCCACUGGUACAGUAGCACCACAGAAGUGCUUUCUGCAGAUCAAAGGCAUGACCUGUGCAUCCUGUGUGUCUAACAUUGAAAGGAAUCUUCAGAAAGAAGCUGGUGUUCUCUCGGUGUUGGUUGCCUUGAUGUCGGGUAAAGCAGAGGUCAAGUAUAAUCCCGAGGUCAUCCAGCCACCCACGAUAGCUCAGCUCAUCCAGGACAUGGGCUUUGAGGUGUCAGUCAUGGAAGACAACGCAGGCGCGGAUGGCGACAUCGAGCUGAUUGUCACAGGGAUGACCUGCGCUUCCUGUGUUCACAACAUAGAGUCCAGGCUCACCAGGACAAAUGGCAUCACCUAUGCCUCAGUGGCCCUCGCCACCAGCAAAGCCAAUGUGAAGUUUGACCCUGAAAUUAUCGGUCCACGGGAUAUUGUCAAAAUUAUUGAGGAACUCGGCUAUCAUGCCUCCCUGUCCCAGAGAAAGCCCAACGCUCAUCACUUGGACCACAAGAUGGAAAUAAAGCAGUGGAAGAAGUCUUUCUUGUGCAGCCUGGUGUUCGGCAUCCCGGUCAUGGGUAUAAUGAUCUACAUGUUGAUCCCCAGCAAGGACUCCCAAGAAGUGAUGGUCCUGGACCACAAUAUCAUUCCAGGGCUGUCCAUCCUAAACCUCAUCUUCUUCAUCUUGUGUACCUUUGUCCAGUUCCUCGGUGGGUGGUACUUCUACGUCCAGGCCUACAAAUCUCUGCGACACAAGUCAGCCAACAUGGACGUGCUCAUCGUACUGGCCACGAGCAUCGCCUAUGCCUACUCCAUCGUCAUCCUGGUGGUUGCAAUUGCUGAGAAGGCUGAGAAGAGCCCUGUGACCUUCUUUGACACGCCCCCCAUGCUCUUUGUGUUCAUUGCCUUAGGGCGGUGGCUGGAACACGUGGCAAAGAGCAAAACCUCAGAAGCUCUUGCCAAACUCAUGUCUCUCCAAGCCACAGAAGCCACAGUGGUGACCCUGGGCGAGGAUAACUUAAUCAUCAGAGAGGAGCAAGUGCCCAUGGAGCUGGUGCAGCGGGGUGAUAUCAUCAAGGUUGUCCCCGGGGGAAAAUUCCCAGUGGAUGGGAAGGUCCUGGAAGGCAAUACCAUGGCUGACGAGUCCCUUAUCACAGGAGAAGCCAUGCCUGUCACUAAGAAACCUGGGAGCACUGUGAUCGCCGGGUCUAUCAAUGCACAUGGCUCUGUGCUCAUUAAAGCCACCCAUGUGGGCAAUGACACCACCUUAGCUCAAAUUGUAAAAUUGGUGGAAGAGGCUCAGAUGUCAAAGGCUCCCAUUCAGCAACUGGCUGACCGAUUUAGUGGAUAUUUUGUCCCAUUUAUCAUCAUCAUUUCAACCUUGACGUUGGUGGUAUGGAUUAUAAUCGGUUUUAUCGAUUUUGGUGUUGUUCAGAAAUACUUUCCUAACCCCAGCAAGCACAUCUCCCAGACGGAGGUGAUCAUCCGGUUUGCCUUCCAGACGUCCAUCACCGUGCUGUGCAUUGCCUGCCCCUGCUCCCUGGGACUGGCCACGCCCACGGCGGUCAUGGUGGGCACCGGGGUGGCUGCACAGCACGGCAUCCUCAUCAAGGGAGGCAAGCCUCUGGAGAUGGCGCACAAGAUCAAGACCGUGAUGUUUGAUAAAACUGGUACCAUUACCUAUGGGGUCCCCAGAGUCAUGCGGUUCCUGCUGCUCACAGACGUGGCUACACUUCCCCUUAGGAAGGUUCUGGCUGUGGUGGGCACCGCAGAGGCCAGCAGCGAGCACCCCUUGGGUGUGGCAGUCACCAAAUACUGUAAAGAGGAACUUGGAACAGAGACCUUGGGAUACUGCAUGGACUUCCAGGCGGUGCCAGGCUGUGGAAUCGGCUGCAAAGUCAGCAAUGUGGAGGGCAUCCUGGCCCACAGUGAGCACCCCCAGAGCCAGUGGGCUGGAYACCCAAAGGACGUUGGCAGCCUUCCUAUGGGAAAAGAUGCGGCCCCCCAGACCUUCUCGGUGCUGAUCGGAAACCGUGAAUGGAUGAGGCGCAAUGGCUUAACCAUCUCCAGCGACGUUAGUGAUGCUAUGACAGAUCAUGAGAUGAAGGGACAGACCGCCAUCCUAGUGGCCAUUGAUGGUGUGCUCUGUGGGAUGAUCGCCAUCGCUGAUGCUGUCAAGCCAGAGGCUGCCCUGGCUGUGCACACACUGAAAAGCAUGGGUAUAGAUGUGGUUCUGAUCACAGGGGACAACCGGAAGACAGCCAGAGCCAUUGCCACCCAGGUUGGUAUCAACAAAGUUUUUGCAGAGGUGCUACCUUCUCACAAGGUGGCCAAGGUCCAGGAGCUGCAGAACGAAGGGAAGAAAGUUGCCAUGGUGGGAGAUGGGGUGAAUGACUCCCCCGCCUUGGCUCAGGCCGACGUGGGCAUAGCCAUUGGGAGUGGCACGGAUGUGGCCAUCGAGGCAGCUGAUGUCGUCCUCAUCAGAAAUGACUUGCUGGAUGUGGUGGCCAGCAUUCACCUCUCCAAGAGGACUGUCCGGCGGAUCCGGGUCAAUCUGGUGCUGGCGUUGAUUUACAACAUGGUUGGGAUACCCAUCGCAGCAGGCGUCUUUAUGCCUGUUGGCAUUGUGCUGCAACCCUGGAUGGGCUCGGCGGCCAUGGCGGCCUCCUCGGUGUCUGUGGUGCUCUCUUCUCUGCAGCUCAAGUGCUACAGGAAACCCGACCUGGAGAGGUAUGAGGCUCAGGCCCAUGGCCGCAUGAAGCCUCUGAGCGCGUCCCAAGUCAGCGUGCAUGUCGGCAUGGACGACCGGAGACGGGACUCCCCCAGGGCCACACCGUGGGACCAGGUCAGCUAUGUCAGCCAGGUGUCUCUGUCCUCUCUGACGUCCGACAGGCUGUCUCGGCACAGCGCCGCAGUGGACAAUGGUGGGGACAAGUGGUCUCUGCUCCUGAAUGACAGGGAUGAGGAACAGUACAUCUGAAGGCUCCAGGUGGGCAGAUCCAGGGCUGGCCAGGGCCCAGUUCCCCCCAAGGAGAUUCACAUCUACUCUCUGCAGUUCACUGGAGCAGGUACAGUCCCAGCAGCCCUCCCUGCAGCCCACAGCCUGGCCCAGGUGCAACUUGGAUUGGACUCCCUGCCUGGUCUUCCUGGCGCAGGCCAAGCAGCCUGGACUCACCAUGCUGGCAUUGUGGGAACUUUGCUGGGACUCCAGAGAGGAGAGAAGUCAGUGUUCCUCGCACGCCUCUGCUGGGAGUAUUCGGGAUGCCUGCUUGUGAAAUGAGGAACAAAAUCAUCAGGACCAGAAAGCCAGCUGGACCUCUCCAGAACACCAAUAAAACUCACAGCUGGCCUCUUUGAUGAUGUCCAGGUGCCCGUGCGUCUGAGCCCGUGGUUUACCUCCAAUGUGCCUACUGUUUCCUGCUAGCACCAUCUCUCCCUUUUCUGCCUUCAUGUGUGCUUGGCAUCCUUGACACUGGGGAUGUGCCUGUCCAUCAUCUGGGGCAGGACUGACGCCCACAUCCAGCCAAUCUGCUAGUCCACACCCCAGCCCAGGAGCUGGCCAUAUCCCUCAUCAUGCUCAGGAGAGCCGCUUCUUGCUAAGAGCUGCUUCUGCAGAGUCGUGCAUGGUGCUACUGACCUGGAGUCCAGUUCAGCUUCCUGUGGGGCCCAGGUGCUGAUGACCCAGGUGUCCUGAUGUCCCUGCCUCAGGUUCUGGUGCUUGAAACAGAGGCCCUGUGGGAGGUAUAUGUGUGCAGGAACCUCCCUGUCACUUCACAGGGUCUAAUAGAGCAUUCAGGUCACUAGUGUCCCUGUGUUAUGAAGCACCUGUCCCCCAAUGAAAGGAGAGCACAGUUUUCCAGGAGUCUUCUGCACACAGAGUGGGCGCUAGAGGGAGGGCAGCCUCAGCUCCCCAGGAGAAAGUCUGCCUUUACCUGUCAGUSGUACUUUGUGAUUGUGUGACAUCAGAGGGGCAGGGAUGAGCCCAGGUUUAGGCUCUGAAGUCAGUGGUGAUUGACAGGACACCUGGGAGCAGACUGGCAGAAUUAGACUAUCCAAGGUGAAAGCCUGGUCUCAUACAAAAUAAUCUUAGUUAUUUAUUGAGUAUCACUUAUUUACCAGGAGCAGUGCUGGUACAUUUUGUAGGUUAUCUCUAAUCCCCUCAACAACAAAGUAGCAAGUUAGUUAUUUUUUCACAUUUUGCAGGCAAAGAAACAGGUUCAGAGAGGCUAAAUAUUUUGCUGAGGCUCACACAGCCAAUAUAUACACAAUGUCUUUGACUUUGAAGUCUUCUCUAAUUCUCCUGCCACCUUAAAUGUCAGUUUAUUUGAUAAGAACAAAGUAGAAAAAGGUCCUUGCUCCUGGAAAAGCAAAUCUGCCAGAUUAUGUAUUAUUUAUAUCAACUUCAAAUGCAGUUGGUCACAAGGUCAUCCCACCUUCACUUUGGAUGGUUAUUUUCAAUUUUUGCAUAUAAUGUAGUCUUGUUGGAUUUUAUCUCCUAAAAUCCACGUUUGGGUUUUGUUGUGCUCUCACUGUUUGCAGUCUUUCUCCCCUUCUCUGCUAACCCCUUCCAUGAUCCCUCCCCGUCGUAUCCUCCUUUUAUUCUUGCUUGGGGAAUAUUUCUUAUUUUGAAACUAGGCUAAUCAUUUUCUAAAGAAUCUAAUUGUAUUGAAUUUUAAAACUGCUAGGACUGUAAGCAUUGUUCAUAUUUAGACAUGAAAAUAUUUAUAUAAUUGUACAGAAAAUAACCUUUUAGAUGUCCAAAGUGUCAGGAACUUUUUUGGUCAGGUAACAGUGCCUACUUC